AAAAAAUCCCGUAGCUUGAGGCGCUUGAAAAUGGGUGAUCCCAAAAGUGGCGACGAAAGUGAAGCAGCAGCGUAGCAUAACUGAGAAGGCAAGGGAAGAAGUAGCUGUAGCAGAUCCAAUCCAAUCGUGUGCGGCAAUGCCUCACCGUAACAACCCUGCACCUCUCCCCCUAGUUGUCACCCUCAACUGCAUCGACGACUGUUCCCUCGAACUCGAAUCCCUCGCCGGCGUCGCCACCGUCGAGCAUGUCCCCCUCAGCCGACUCGCCGACGGCAAGAUCGAGUCAGCCGCCGCCGUCCUCCUCCACUCCCUCGCCUACCUCCCGCGCGCCGCCCAGCGCCGCCUCCGCGCCUACCACCUCAUCCUCUGCCUCGGCUCCGCCGACCGCGCCGUCGACUCCGCCCUCGCCGCCGACCUCGGCCUCCGCCUCGUCCACGUCGACACCUCCCGCGCCGAGGAGAUCGCCGACACCGUCAUGGCGCUCUUCCUCGGCCUCCUCCGCCGCACGCACCUACUCUCUCGCCACGCCCUCUCCGCCUCCGGCUGGCUCGGCUCCGUCCCGCCUCUAUGCCGCGGGAUGCGCCGCUGCCGCGGCCUCGUUCUCGGCAUCGUCGGAAUCUCCGCUUCCGCUAGGUCUUUGGCCACUCGUAGCUUAGCCUUCAAAAUGAGCGUGCUCUAUUUCGAUGCUCACGCGGGAAAAAGAAAAGUAAAGUUCCCCCCUGCAGCACGAAGAAUGGAUACUCUUAACGAUUUACUUGCCGCAAGUGACCUUAUAUCACUCCAUUGCACGUUAACAAAUGAAACAAUGCAGAUUAUUAAUGCUGAAUGUCUUCAACAUGUAAAGCCUGGAGCUUUUCUUGUAAAUACGGGUAGUAGUCAGCUUUUGGAUGAUUGUGCUGUGAAGCAGCUCUUGAUUGAUGGAACCUUAGCUGGAUGUGCUUUGGAUGGUGCAGAAGGGCCUCAAUGGAUGGAAGCAUGGGUGAAGGAAAUGCCUAAUGUGUUGAUACUUCCCCGAAGUGCAGAUUACAGUGAAGAGGUUUGGAUGGAGAUAAGGGAGAAAGCUAUAUCCAUAUUACAAACAUUCUUCAUUGACGGAAUUAUUCCAAAGAAUGCAAUGUCAGAUGUGGAAGAAGAGAGUGAGGUUGAAAAUGAAAGUGAACAAUCUGAUCAGCAAUACAAAGAAAAUGCUCUCCAAAUUAUUGUUAGAGAGCAAACUGAUGAUGUUCAUGUAACUCCUGACAACUCCCAAAAGAAAGGAGGUAGUCUAGUGAAAGAGUCUUCUUCAUCCCAGCAUCAGGUUUCCAGUUUGUCUCAGAAUACCUCUGCUAGAUCUGAAGGAAGGCGCAGCAGGUCAGGUAAAAAGGCCAAAAAAAGGCAUACCCGUCAAAAGUCCCAACAAAAAUCAGAAGAUCCUUCUGCAGUGGAGAAAGAAGGCACAUCUCAAAGAGAUGAUACUGCUAUGAGUGGCACUGACCAAGCUUUGAGCUCCAGCUCUGAAGACUCAAGAAGUAGAAAAACUCCAAUAGAAUCUAUGCAAGAACCAACUGGCGCCCAAGUUAUAAAGUCAAGCAUGAAACUUAGUGGAAACUGUACUGAACUAUUGAGAGAUGGAUAUGUUAUAGCUCUGUAUGCAAGAGACCGCCCUGCACUUCAUGUCUCAAGGCAAAGAGUUAAAGGUGGAGGUUGGAUCAUGGACUCCAUGUCAAAUGUGUCAAAAAGAGACCCUGCUGCACAGUUCCUCAUCAUCUUCAGAAGCAAGGACACAAUUGGAUUGCGAUCUCUUGCUGCUGGUGGAAAAUUAUUGCAGAUCAAUAGAAGAAUGGAGUUUGUAUUUGCUAGUCAUAGUUUUGAUGUUUGGGAGAAUUGGACACUAGAAGGCUCCUUACAGGAAUGCAGACUGGUGAACUGUAGAAACCCAUCUGCUGUUUUGGAUGUACGCGUUGAGGUAUUAGCAACUGCAGGCGAAGAUGGAGUUACACGUUGGCUUGAAUAGAGUAAUUCUAGGUCUGUAUUACUCAAAAAGGAGGAGCUUGUAAAUCACUCCACUCCCGUGACUUAAUGAUCUUCCAAAUGUUUCUUUGUGAAAGAUUGGAAUGUAUUUAGUGUAGAGCAUAAUUUUUUUUUUCUUUUAUCUGUAUUAUUUUUUGAGGAUUUUUCAUGAGAUUUCAUUGGAGUGAUGAACUUGGCCCUCGUGUGAUGAUAUUUUGGUUUAGCCCUGUAAUUCUUACUAUCAGAAUAUUAUAAUUCAAUAUCGUUGAUUUUCACAAAAAUAUUUUAA